AUGGAAAAAAGUAAAGUGUCGAAUGUUACCUCGAAAGAUUCUACGUUUAAAAGUGAGGCCACUGCGCAAAUAUCACCGGAAUACGAAGGUACAAAUCCGGAUGAUUUAAUAUUUCCGGAAUGGAGUGAUUCCGAGUUGAACGCUGAGAAAUGGGAGAGGAGUAAAGAGAAAACUAUAAAUGAAGAGCAUAAAGACAAGCAAAAUUUGGAACCUGAGGCUAGUUCCCCGAAGAUAGUUUUACCCCCACCACCUUUACCCUUUCGUGAUGCGCAUAGUUUUACACUACCUGCGAGUCUACAGGUUUACAAAUGGAAGAAACCGGAAGUUGUAUUUCCAAACAAAACAUUUGUGGUGUUUAAAGACGGAUCACAAACCGGAUAUUCGGAUUUUACGAAUGAUAACAAUCAUCUUUUUGGUUCUACGUUCAUGAUUGCUUUCAUUACGAGUGUUGGUAUGUUGGAGUUUAUGGGUAAUGCAAAUAUGUGGACAAUAGAGGGCGCUAGUGCUUCCUAUACUCCUAAUACUAGUGAUGAACCCUGGAGAGGCUGGCAUCAUGUUUAUUCUGCAUGUAAAGCCGGAAGAGGGCAGAAACAUAAACCACAAGUUAAUAAAUUAGGGAAGUAUAUUUUGAGAAUAUUUUGGAUGGGGUCAUGGCGUCGUGUGGUAGUAGAUGAUUUUUUACCGGUUGAUUCAAAGGAUAGACUUUUAUUACCAAAAGUAAAGUCUUCUAUAAUUAAAAUUGAAGAUAUUAAGGUGAAUAAAAAAGAUAAACAGAAGAAAAAAGUGGAUGAUGGUGAGGCUAAUGGUAAUGAUGAGGAUGUGGUGGAGUUGUGGCCAUUUUUGUUGUGUAAAGCCCUCUUGAAGGUCGCCAAUCUUUCGUGGAUUGAAGAACGUGAAACUUAUGAUUUUAAUAUUAUUUCCGCUUUGACCGGAUGGGUCUGUCAGAAACUAAACACGUUAAGUUUGGAUUCCAAUGAAAUUUGGGACAUUUGCGUAACCUACGCUCAACAUUACACUUGGCCGGAAGACCCAGAACCCCCAGCACCUUCAGAAAAAUCCGGAAAAAGUAAAAAGUCUAAGAAAGAGAAACCCAAACCAAAACCACUUCCUGUUGUGGAAGUAAAACCUAGUCCCUUUUGUGUCAUUGCGAAAAUUGUAGACACCCGAGGUGAAUCCUGUGGGUUAUCCGAUGAUGCACCCCAGUUACCACCCUGUAGGAGUCAUCUCUUCCUCCUGAAUCAAAUCAGAGAUGUACCCUUUGAUAAACCUGAAUAUAAACCUGAUUUAGCUAGGUGGAAGAGAUUCAGAUGGGUGCAUUGGGCUAGGAUGCAAGGGUUGUACAGUGAUGAAGGAUCCCCAUUGAGGUUCCUUCAAAUAGUUGACUUUUUUAUGAAUAUAGAAAGUGAACCAGAUUCUAGAAACCCUAGUAGAACCAAAGCGGAAGAAGGGACUAGGUUAUAUUUGGAUAAUGGGGAUGACUCUUCUGAGAUUGAAAGGAGGAAGACCCAAUUGAAAAGACAUACCAAUUCAGAUAUUAUCAUGAGGUCCCACCGUCGUAGAUCUGCUAGUGCAACCAGGGAGGAUAAUACAUCUAUAGAUACCAUGGUUACCAACCCGGAAACCCAAAAUGAUCCUACCCUCUGGGUGGAUUUCUAUCAGUUUAGUAAAUAUAUUGAUAAUAUGUACAUUUUCUUCAAACCCAGUAUGAUGCAUAGCCAUUUGAAGAUUACGGAUGUGCAAGAAAAACGUCCCCAAGUACCAAAAUCUACCAAAGACCAUAAAGAGAAGAGGAUCAUUUGGCCCUAUCAUCUGAAACUCUAUUCAAAUGAACCUUUGUAUUUUUUCUUGGAUACCAUGGAUCCUAAGAUGUUGAUUAUCUCCUUUAGUCAUACUGGGAAUAGGGCUAUUUUGGAACAGAAGUGUCUGGUGGUUCAUUGUAACCUCACCAGUUUAUGGCAGAAGAAGUUUACCUUCUCGGAUAGGUGUAAUUUACAAACCCAUGGGAAUAUUGUGAUGGAGAAGUACGAUUGGGAGACUGAGACCUUUGGGGAUCAUGUCCUAGAAGUUAAUACAACCGGAAAUAAAUCUGUUUCUAUUUCUUUGGAUGCAGGGAGACAGGUUUUGAGGUUAUGGAUAAGCUCUGUUUCUUCUUACCAUAUUACCCUUCUAAGUGAUGUGGAUGUGGAAGUGGGACCUCUGGAGUUUAUCCUGGAUAAGAUGCAGUUGGAAAGUGAAAGGUUCCUGCAGUUUUGCUUGGAUCAUGGGACCGCUUUUGGGAAUGUUAUACAGGCGUUUGGUACACCGGAGUUUCCUGGGGUGCUUAGACAAUUCUAUCAGAGUUUUUACCCAAGUAUACAGGGUGUGACUAAACAGGAUAUAAAGGAUUUACAACAGGGUCUUUUAGAGUUGUAUGGUGGUUUAAUAAAACAGAAGAACCCUGAAUGUGGGGAGGUUAUAUAUUGUCUAAGGGUUCUCUUUCUGAAUCCUUCCCUAGGGAAGGACCUUCAUUGUCCUCCUCAGAAACCCAUAAGAAGUAAAGAAAAAAAGGUGAAUCCUAAGAUUAUAAAAAUUGAAUCACCUCCCCAGUGGGAUGAUGAUGAAUGCCUGAGUCCGGAAUCUUCUAGGUCUAAAUCUUCUAAAUCUAGUGGGGAUGAUCUUAAAAAAGAAGCGGAAAUGUAUUGGGCUGCUUGUAAGAUACAAGCUUUCUUCAAGAUGAUCUAUGUUAAAAAUUAACAGUGUCAUGAUAAGGACCACCCCAGGUUUAAUAAAGUCUAUGAGGUUUUGAAGACAUUUUAUAAAAACUUUCUAAAUGUGGAUAAGAGAUUUGAAUUCCUUCCUGGGUUGUUUCGAAGGUUAUUGAUGAUACCCAAUGAAGGUGCUUUGUUAUCUUAUUAUCCAUGGUGUGAUGACCUUGGAUCUGUUAUCAAUAAUCAAAUUAUCAACGGGAGUGUUACAAUCUCUAAUGAGGGUUACCAAUGGGUACCUAUUGGAAGGUUUGCCUUUUUUAUUGACUCACCUUUUGAGGAAAGCGUGAAGAUUGUGUUGUUUACUAAUAUAGAACAGUUUGUGGUUAGAGUGUUUAAUAAUGAUACUUUGGAGGAGGUUUUCCGUGGGGUGAACUGCGCAUGCGUCGCGGGUUAUACCUGUAAUGCUAAAGGGUAUACCCUUUUGGGGUAUGGGUGGUCCACAGAGCAAAAAACUUAUUUUUACAAGUAUAAUUUUAUUACCAUGAAGCGUUUUGAUAAAUAUUCUUUGAUUAUUGAGGAAGAAGAAAGAGGACGGCUUUGUUUAACCCAAGGGUACCAUCAUAAUAAAAAGGGGAUCAUAACCCAAGUGGCAUUAGGUAUUACCAAUGAUGUUUCUUUGACUUUGAAAUUACGAUGUAGUUAUGAUCAGGUUUUGGUCAAAUUGAGAUGUCUUACUAAGGAAGGUAAAUUGGUUCAGGAAAUCACCGGAAAAGGGAAUAUUAUCCUUCCUGUUUUGAAUUUAACUUAUAUUAAAGAAGAACCAGUUGAAGUGGCUCCUAAAUUAUCAAAAGUUAAAACUUUUAAAACAAGUAGAAAGAGUUUGACCUCUGUGUCCUUGGUAAAUUUAAAAAAGAAAUCAAGUAGUGUACCUGAUAGAGAUAAAAGAAGUCGAACAGGGUCUUUGACCUCUCGUAGGAGUAAUCAAUCGAAAAAGUCUAGUUUGAAGGCAGAUCCAAAGUGUUUUUAUUACCUGGAAGCUUUGGUGUUGAAAAAUUCUUGGCCUUUGACUAAAGAAGAAUGGAAGCAGUCUGAUAAAUUAACCAAAAAGACACCUUCAAAAUCAUCCUUAAAGUCUAAAACUAAAUUAGGAGAUUAUGAUAGUCUGCCAAACCCUAAAUGGUCACUUGAAUUAUUGUGUAAUGAAGAAGAUGAAGUGCAAUUUACUGUAGAUCAAAGAAGAAGUAAAGAAAUGAAGAAUAAUAAAUCAAAAUGGUUUGAAGGUGAUCCCCACAGACUAGAAAAAGGUAAAAAGUUAAGGGAAACGUUUUUGAAAGAGAUUAUACAGGAGGUUAGUGAAAGUGAUACCAAAUUACAAAUUGAAGAAUACGAGUAUUUAUAUAAUGAAUCAUUCUAUGAAGAAAUUGAAGAAGAUAAAACUGGUAAUAUUUCGGAACCUAGUAGGACCUUGGUACACCCUGAUAGCACUAGUAAAACUAGGAUACCACUUGAUUAUAACCUUUAUACACAAUCAUCUACAUUGUCUGAUUAUGCGAGUACCCUGAUGACCCGUAAAGAAUCAAUUGAAGAUAACACUAGUUAUAUUUCAAAAACAAGUAGUAAUGGAAGUUAUGUACCAGGAAAAAAGUGUUAUGACUUUUUAGAGGAUACAGAAGACGGAUUUUUGAAGAAACCUGAAGAUUUUGAGCAGGAUAUCAUUAUGAAAGCGAAAGCAAUUGAUAAUUUUAUGGAAUACCAUCAGAAUUAUAUAGAGGAUAUGAAAAUAUUUCGUGAAAAUUGUUUGAAGAAAGGUUUUAAGCUUCAAAAUUGGUUUGACGGAAUACGUUGUGAUUCUGAAGUGUUACUUCAAAAUGCUUAUGGUAAACGCGAUAAAUUGAUUGGCGAAAUGUUUAAAAAGGAUCAGGAGACUAAUUCUCCUAAAAUAAAAGAAGUCAAAGAGAAAAAACCUGAUAAAAAGGGUAAAAAAGGUUCAAAAAGUGGAAAAUCUACAAAAGUUUAAAUUUAAAUUAAAAAAAAAAAAAACUUCAAAAAAUUAAGAAAUCUGGUGCAAAAUUCAUUUUAAUGCUAGUAAAUUUUGAAAAAUGUUAAAAAUAACCCCGGAUUUACUUUUCUCGACUCUGGAGUCGAUGGAAGAUUUACGAGUGACGCGCCCUUUGCCCAUCAGCCGGGAUAUAAAUCAAGUUAAUAGUUUCCGGGCUGAUUAAUGUCGCCGUUUUGCGUCAAGUUGCGCAAAAAGUCACAUUUGAUUAAUACAAAGAAAGCAAAUACACAUCUAUCUAAAAUUAAAAAAUAUAUACGUUUCCUACGCUGGAUGGAUUUUCUUGAGUAUUUGUGAUAUCCGAUAUCGGGACUGCUAUCCAAUGUUAAAGCGAGCGUACUCGUAAAAGAAAUCCAAAGCUCUCUGGGCAAACCGUCCCGAGAGUGUCCGGGAAAAGGCAGGAUAACGCCGGAGAGGUAUCACGAUUUGCUCGAUUGAUCAAUGUUAAUACACCUCUGGGGAACACGAAGGAAAAAUCCUUCAGACAAAGAAAAUGUGAGAAACGCACGCAUCAAGGACAAAAGUCUAUAAAAUAAGAAUAUGAGUGAU